UGUCCGCGCGCUAGCGGAAUACCCGAUUGAACGUUUGAAAAGAUGGUAAAAACACGGCACAGCGCUGAAACGGAAGAUUCGCCAGCUCAUUUUGUAAGCCUGCAACGUAUUGCCACGAGACGGUCUCGAAACUAUGAACAUGGGGGGCUUAGUAGUGGGGAGAGUGAUGGCGAUUACAUAAAAGGAAUGACCACACGAAGGAGAAGCUGUCGCACUCUGAGGAAUGUUUCCCAUAGUGAUCCAAAUAAAAGGAGGAGGGUGGCAUGUAUUGAAGACAGUGCAGAUGAAGAUACACCAGAGCGUCAAAUGGUGCAGGGAUCGAGUCGUCAGCUUAGCGCUGUCAACGGGGAUUCCUUUGGCAUGAUACGACGCAGUACUCGUCAAAAGAAACCACUGUAUGAUACCUUAAAUCAGAGCUUGAUUAUUGAUAAUGCAGCUCUCGGGUUGGUUGAUGUUAAAGGAGAAUUGCCCGUUGAACCUGUACAGACGCAACGCCGUGGACGUCAGUCUGCAAGAGAUGUUGAAGCUGAUUAUGAAGGGGACAAUUAUUCGGAUAUGUACAGUCGUGUUAAAAGAGCAAGGCGACGAUUUAAACAGGACAUGUAUGGUAUUCCUAUACCAGACCAAGGGGAGGAAACUGAAGCUUCCGAGUCAGAUGCCGAGGCUGAAAACACACAGGAGGAUGAGGAGGAGGUAAAUAAUAAAGAAGAUGAAGAGGAUGAUGAAGAUGAUGUAUUGCCUCCACGACGAUCUUAUUAUCUACGAGAACAUAAACCUAGGACACAAAUUUACGAAGCACCACCUAUAGAACCUCAACUGCGUAGAUCUUGUAAAACCCCAGCCAUCUAUCCUGUGUCACCUUCUCGGAAGCGAAAAGUUCCGGAUCAUCAUGUGUAUAGAUCUCCAGCUCGUAGAAACAGUAUCAGACGCAAAGCUGCAUUCCAUGGUAGUUCAUCAACUUCCAGUGACUCCUCAUCAAGUGAUGAUGAAAAUCGAUUUGAAAGACGGAAGGCUAAAAGCAUGGCCAAAGCCAGGAACCGCUGUUUGCCUAUGAACCUUGAUGCUGAUGAUAUCAUCGGUAUAAGGAAGGAACGGAACAGGAUUGGCUCUAGCCUUGCUGAUGUUGACCCCAUGACAGUAGAUAGAUCUGUAAACUUUGACUCGGUAGGUGGCUUAGGGAAGCAUGUCAGAGCUUUGAAAGAAAUGGUUGUUUUCCCACUGCUGUAUCCUGAGGUGUUCGAGAAGUUUAAAAUUAGUCCACCGAGAGGAGUACUCUUCUACGGUCCUCCAGGAACUGGAAAGACCUUGGUUGCCCGAGCAUUAGCCAAUGAGUGUAGUCAUGAUGAUAAGAGAGUGGCUUUCUUCAUGAGGAAAGGCGCUGAUUGUCUAAGUAAAUGGGUCGGGGAGUCAGAACGUCAACUCCGAAUGCUCUUUGACCAGGCGUACCAGAUGCGACCAUCUAUUAUUUUCUUUGACGAGAUUGAUGGCCUAGCUCCUGUGCGCUCCAGCCGUCAGGACCAGAUCCACAGCUCUAUAGUAUCCACUCUGUUGGCCCUGAUGGACGGGCUGGACAGCAGGGGAGAGAUCGUGGUGAUAGGGGCCACUAACAGGAUAGACUCCAUAGACCCUGCUCUGAGAAGGCCUGGGCGCUUUGAUAGAGAGUUCCUCUUUCCAUUACCCUCAGUAGAGGCAAGGCAACAGAUUCUGAAGAUCCAUACAAAAGCCUGGACCCCAAAGGUGGCAGAUCCCUUUUUGGGGGAGCUGGCAGAACGCUGUGUUGGUUACUGUGGUGCUGAUCUGAAGGCGCUCUGUACUGAGGCAGCCCUUCUGGCUCUGCGGCGGCGCUACCCCCAGAUCUACACCUCCUCUGAAAAGCUGCAACUAGACGUCUCUUCCAUCAACGUGUCAGCCAAAGAUUUCUGUAGCGCCAUGCAGGUGAUCGUGCCUACCUCGCAGAGAUCCGUCACCUCACCGGCACGCGCCUUAUCCAAGACUGUGGCUCCGUUACUCAGGGUGGUCUUACAAGAGGUCUUGAAACUUCUGCAUACCAUAUUCCCUAGUCAUAUAGCAAACACAGCAGGUGUGGAUGUUCCAAGUGCAAAGUCUGGCUGUAAAACAGAUGGUUCCCCGGCUAUCAAGCUUGAUGAGUUCUGCAGUGAUGAUGAGGAGGAUGCUCCAAGUAUUUUCGAACAUUCUCCUGGGCGACAGAACAAGAGAAACUCAGAUACAGAAAGCUUCUUCUCCUUUGGAUUUUCGGCCAGUAAGAGCCCCAUCACUCACCGGCCACGGCUGAUGCUGUCAGGGACAGCUGGUCAGGGACAGACCUCUCACCUGGCCCCAGCUGUUCUUCAUCACAUGGAGAGGUUACCUGUCCACAUUCUCGACCUGCCAGCUAUGUUUGCCUGCAGUGCCAAGUCACCAGAGGAAUCCUGUGCUCAGGUGUUUCGCGAGGCUAAGCGCACUGCCCCCAGCAUUCUGUACAUGCCUCACAUUGACCGGUGGUGGUCUGUGCUGAGUGACACCCUCCAGGCCACUUUCCUCACCCUGGUUCAUGACAUGGACCCCUCAGCACCAGUGCUACUGCUGGCCACGAGUGACAGUUCCUAUGUGAUACUGGAAUCUACACUGAGGACGUUGUUUGACAACAGGUACGGUGAGGUGAUGACGAUGAAAAACCCGAAUGGAGAGGAGAGGCGGGAAUAUUUCGCUGACCUGCUAAAGAGACAAGCCACAAAACCUCCUACAAGGAGAAAACAAGCAGCAUUAAGGGCCCUGGAGGUGUUGCCUAAAGCUCCACCACCAAAACCAAGGGAGCUUACUCAAGAAGAAAAGAAAAAAAUGGAACAGCAAGAAGAGGCCACAAAUAGAGAACUGAGAUUGUUUCUACGUGACGCACUGAACAAGAUUGCCAGAGACAGAAAAUUUAAUAUUUUUGCCAAACCUGUAGAUGUUGAAGAGGUUCCGGAUUACUAUGAAAUAGUAAAGCACCCGAUGGACCUGUCCACCAUGAUGUCCAAGAUAGAUCUGCACCUGUACCAGUCUGUGAAGGAGUUUCUGGCUGACAUUGGGCUUAUAUGUAGUAAUGCUCUAGAAUACAACCCAGACAAAGAUCCAGCAGGUCGAGCAAUUCGCCAUAGAGCGUGUGCUUUGAGAGACACUGCUCACUCCAUAGUGGAGAAUGAACUGGAUCCUGAGUUCGAGAAGCUGUGCAAUGAGAUGGUGGAGUCCAGGCAAAGGAGAGGUGCCGAGCCUCGCAGAGCUAUACCAGAUUUCUAUUUCACAAAACCUAUACACAAACAUGAUGAGGUUAACCAACCCUACCCAUGCAGAUUUAGUAAGAGGACACGAGGCAUGGAAGCUGAGGACUGGUCAGUUGAAUUAGUCAAGAAACCCAGAGAGACCAAGAAAUCUGUUGUUAUAGUGACUGAGGAAAAAUCCAGCAAUGAAAUUCCAUCUAAAGCCAGUGAAAUAUGUGAAACUCCAGCUAAAGACAGUGAAACCUGUGAAACUCCAGCUAAAGACAGUGAAACUCCAAACACUGACAGUGUCAAACAGAGCAUUAGUGAUAAGACUCUGAGCUCAUCCAAGAAACCUUACAAGAAACGCAAAUGCGUUUGGAACUACAAAUCGCGUCGGCGGCGAAAGAACCAGCCUUUAAAUGUAUUUCGUUCCCAGACACAAUCUGCUUCACAUACUCAGGAAAAAGAAAAAGAGGUCAUGGAUGGGGAUAGCAGUGCUGCAUCUGACGAGGAGGAAGAUGAGAUUUCCUUUGGAAAAUCCCCAAAAUCAACAAAACAAACUGUCCCUGCUGAGUCAGCAGAAUCCGACGACUCUGAUAAUACCGUUCUGAAUGGAAUAGAGGAGUCAACAAAGGAGAAGACAAGCACUCUGACGACCACAGAAUCACCAGACAAAUCCUCAUCAGAACAUUUCACAACUGUAUUACAACAAACUUCCACCAGUUAUCACGACAAAACUUCACCAGGUUCCAGAGGAGAGGUGGAUUUCUCAGAUCUGAAAUUGCUCAAUGCCGAGUCUACCUCGUCUGCUGUGAUUGACAGCGGUAUAGGGAGCUCUAUGGAGAGUAACUGUGAAUCCAUGGAUAGUGUCGAUCAGCUCAAGCAACAGACGGGAGAUUCCACAGGGGGAGUAACUCCAGUAGAGACAAUCCAGUCAACAGAGCACGUAAUAGAAGACACACCAAGGAAACCUGGGGAAGCAGGUACACCUGCCUCGUUCCGGUUGACCCGAUCUCGAUCCAGCAACAAGGACGCGCUGCAGGCUCUACAGAUCCUUGAAGAGCCAGAGCCCCCCCUGGUGGUGGACCAUGGGCGACUGGAUGGACUUCUCCGCCUGCUAGUGGAGAGAACGCACAACUACACAGUGGAGAGUCUCGGAAAACUGUACAGCGUCUUGUCCAGAUGUGUGUUCCAUCACAGGAAAAACUACGACAAAACACAGUUAGUGCAGGAUCUGGAAAGUGUUGUAGACAGGUACACUGGUGUGUCAUCCAACCAUAACCCCAUCCUUCCAUCAACCAGCACACAUAAUCAUUGAACCACUUCAACGGGCAGCUCUUUUUACAAGUACUAUGGUACAAUCACUGGUAGCAGUGACCUGAUCAGGGACGUACUUCAUGCUAGGCCCACUGCCACACCCCUCCUGUCACAGGAACGUGGCUGUGCUUCAUGUCACACCAUUACAGUAGUUACAGGAGUUUCCAUGCGGUCUGGCAUGAAGUACAUAGCAGUAUCUCUUAUAGCCUUUGUACAAUUUCAUAGCAUUCCAGUGCUCCAGUGUUAUCCCGGGACAAAGUCCUGAAGAUGUCACCCGUGUGGUCAGUGGUUUUUAAUAUUAUCAUUCUAUUACCUGGUAAUGGCCAACACAUGCAAUGUUAUUUUGUAAGAAUUUAUUCAUCGUGUCUUUUUAACUUUGGUGAUACAUUUCAUGAUUUAAUUGUGAAGGAACAUUCUGAAACAUGAUAUUAUAAUUAUUAUUAUUAAUAUUAAUAAAUAAUUUGUAUUUAUCUAUUUGAAAAAAUGUUUCUGGAGAAGGGAAUUUUUGUAUACAGCUUUUACACAAAGCUACAAAACACUGCCAUUUUCCCCAUGGAGAGCUGAUAUUAUACCUCAAUGACAACAGAACUCUUGAUACUUUAACACUCUUUAGUUUAUGAAUAGCGAUGUGACGUUUAAGUUAUUGCAGAGUGUGUAAGGCACAAUUUGAUGCAACUGUGAAGAGUUUGUAUAUGUUCAGUGGGAAGUUAUUGAGUGUCAGUGAUUCACAAACAAAACAAUAUUGUUCAGAAGAGCAAUAUUGUAGGUAACAUUAUUAUUCUUGUUUUACAGUGAACUGUUGACAUGGUCAUA